GGGGGUGUCCCACAGAUGGGAGUGGAGCUGGGGUGGGGGUUCCCGAAGCCCAGAGCCCCCCGAAGCGGUGACUCCGCGCUCCUUCUGGCCCUGCACCGAGGCACCUUCCCCGGCCCCUCCGGGAGCUUCUGCAGGGCCUGGGGCCCAGGCGGGUGGCGCGCGGGGGGCGGCGGGAGGCCGGGCGCGCCGGAGGGCGGGGCCAAGCGGGGCCGCAGGCGGCGCGGCGGCGGAGGGAUACGGAGCGCCGUAGCCGUAUAUAUAAAGCGCCGCGCAGGCUCGCACUUCGGCAGUGGUGCUGAGAGUCUCGCGGGUCUCUUACCGUUACUCGCAGUCGGCAGCCUCGCGGCGCAGGCGGCAGCGGCUCCGGCAGCGGCUCAGCGGCGGCUCAGCGCGCAGCGCACCCAGCGCCCUCGCAGCGCCAAGACCAGCAGCAGCAGCAGAGCGACCGCCCGAGCCAGCCCGCCGUCACAGCCCCCGCACCGAUCCAGUCGCCUCGCUCCCUCCGAGCUUUCUCCCCUCGCCCGCACCAUGGCUGAUCAGCUGACCGAAGAGCAGAUUGCUGAAUUCAAGGAAGCUUUCUCCCUAUUUGACAAAGAUGGUGACGGCACCAUCACAACAAAGGAGCUGGGCACUGUCAUGCGGUCACUGGGUCAGAACCCCACAGAAGCCGAGCUGCAGGAUAUGAUCAAUGAGGUGGACGCCGACGGUAAUGGCACCAUUGACUUCCCAGAGUUUUUGACUAUGAUGGCUAGAAAAAUGAAAGACACCGACAGUGAAGAAGAAAUCCGUGAGGCGUUCCGAGUCUUUGACAAGGAUGGCAAUGGUUACAUCAGUGCGGCAGAACUCCGCCAUGUCAUGACAAACCUAGGAGAAAAACUAACAGAUGAAGAAGUAGAUGAAAUGAUCAGAGAAGCGGAUAUUGACGGGGAUGGGCAAGUCAACUAUGAAGAAUUCGUACAGAUGAUGACUGCAAAAUGAAGACCUGCUUUCAACUCCUAUUUCCCCCUCUAGAAGAAUCAAAUUGAAUCUUUUACUUACCUCUUGCAACAACAACAAAAAAUUCAUUUACUCAUUCUGUUUCUAUAUAGCAAAACUGAAUGUCAAAAGUACCUUCUGUACACACACACACACACACACACACACACACACACACACACACAACCUGCAUGUAUUGGUUGGUGGUCCUGUUCCCUCAAGAUCCAGCUACACAUCUGUUUUACAGUAUAAAUACUUGUACUACCUUAACGAUAAGGAAGCACUUAGCGGACUCCUUGCAGUUCCAUUUGCUAAUGAUUACUACACUGUUUGGGCUGGCCAGUUUUUCAUGCAUGCAGCUUGCCAAUUGAGCACAGGCAGGCAUUUGUAUUAAAAAAAAGGAAAAUAGAAAAAAAAAAAAAAAACAACAAAAUUUAAAAACUCCCCCAAAUGGAUUAUUCUUAUUCAAUUUGUUAAUAUAAAUUAGUCAUGCCUCAUUGAUGGAAAAAAAAUAUUCAAAAAUUGGUUUCACUUUAUGAUAUGCUGUACAGAAAAAGAAGAAAGAAUUUAGUGAUGUAUAAAACACUCUAGCUGUAGCCCCCACACUAGCAGGAUGGUCCUCUUGUAACUGCAUCCCCCACGCCCCUGGGGACAGUGACACCGCCAAGUGACAUGCCUCAGCAUGUGGUUGUAGUGUUGUUUGAGUUGUACUAGAAGGAAAUAGGUGUCAGGCUGUCAACUGCUUACACACACACACACACAAAAAAAUUUUUUUUUCUAAAAGAAACUUAAGGGAGCAUCUUUGGACUCUGUUUUUAAAACCUGAACCAUGACUUGGAGCCAGCAGAGGUGGCUGUGGACUCCAGCAUAACCAUCACCAUUGCUGUUCAAGAAGUUAUAAUUUACGUCCAUUCCAAGUUGUAAAUGCUAGGUUUUUUUUUUUUUUUUUUCCAAUAAAAAGACCAUUAACUUAAGGUGGUGUUACAUACUUUGUAAAGCUGAGAUCCAAACAGGGACAAGGCAGUUGAAGUGGGAGGCCAGCAAACCCUUUAUAUGCUCACAGCCCCCAGCGUUGGGGUUCCCUCCCUCCUGAUAACCCUAGCACCAAUUUCUGAGCCCCAGACAUUGCCUGACACCAGGCAGAUAACCAACUACGUCACCCUAGCUGUGGACAUGUAGGUUUACGUGUGUUUUCACUCAAGGGGAGGGAGAGGACAGGUGACUCCUAUUAAUUAGGAAAUUUAGGCAGUAGAAUUGAGUUGAAGGAAAACCACUUUCCAAAUAUGAAUUUAGGAGUUGUCAAUUGUGCUGCCGAUAACCUGUUUUAUGUAACUACUUGAGACCAUCUGCAAGAGACAUGACCUAGUGUGUAAUUUGAGCCUCACUGCGUGUGGUUGAAGCAGUAGUCAACUUGCUAAGCUAUCCUCUUCUGCCUAAAAGACACUACCAGUCACCUGUUCAAUGAUUACGUUUUUUUCUUUAGAUGAUACCUUGAUUUCUUUUGACACUUUGUUCUACCCCCCCCACUCCAGUUGACUUUCUUGCUUCCUUUCUCCCAAGCUAGACCCCAGCUCAAAAGUAAGACUCCAGCCCAAAGUGAAUCAACUUCUAUAAACUAGUAGCCAGAAGAUGAGAAGCUUCGCAGCCCCUUCAGUGACUUGAUACAGGCUGAUGGUGUGUUUUUCAGGGUGUUCACUGCCUGUGUCUUAUUGGCAAGGAGGUGUGGGCCCUGGGUGUGUGCAUGUGGGGGUUUUAAUUUGCCAGCCAACAGUGGCAGGCCCUCUGCAGCUGAAAGGGUAUAUUAAGGACUGAUUAAGACACCUUUGGCUUCUCCCUCUCCUACUCCUCGUCUUUCUGGUGUGGUAGCUUGUACGAGUUCCUGCCAGAGGGGUGGGUCAGAGCAAUGGAGAGGACCUUCCUCUGCUGCUGGUCCCCACUGGGUCCUUCGUGGCAGUGAGGUUGGGGCACCAUGAGCUAGGGCUGAUUUUGAUGAUGCCCUGACGCUCCAGAUUUGAGCACAUGACUGGAUGUUCUUGGCAGGCAGUUCAAACAGCCUGACCUAACCCAGUCUCAGGCCCCAGGUCAACUACCUCUGAUAGUUUCAGAGAGGGUUGAGGGGUGACUUAACAGCCUGCCAUAUUCCCUUUCCACCAAGUCUUUUCUGGAAACUUGGGUGGACUCCCUUGUAGUGCCUCCAUGGUCUUUCCUGUAGAGGACCCCUUGGGGGCUAUAUUUGCCUGGGUACUAUUCCCCUCUAGGCCCUUACCUCAGCUACACCACCCAGAGGCUCAAUGUUUGCAGUCUAUUUGAAUUCUUGAAAUAGCUGGAUGUUGGGGCCAUCCCAUCAGAACUGGCUAGCACCUUCCCAUCAACUCUUGCCGUGACUUCUAACCGCUUUAUAAAUAUAUACAUAUAUAUUUAUAUAUAUAUAAAGUGACUAGUGUAACUGACAUCCUGCUUGAGCUGAGACUUGCCUUCCAACACUGCUGAGUACUUGGCAAACCCAGUCCCUGGCUGCAUUUGUCACCCAUCUAGGGUAGGUGCAGAGCAAAGCUGUUUCCGAGGGGCUUUCGACACAGCUACCAAAAAAGGCUUUUUCUGAUCUUUUGACAAAAAUUUAAAAAACAAAAAGUUGAGUUUUUGCACACUUUAAUUGGCGUCUUUCAGUAAACUUAAAAACAUGUUGGGGAUUAGCUACUGUACAUAUUUUUAUAUUUCUAAAUGCAUGUCUUGACUGUACUGGUCACUGUAAUAUAUCUGAGAGGCUGUCCAAUCAGCUGAGUACUGCCGUGACUUAACUGAGAAGCAGCCUCUUAACCCUUGAGCAUACUGGGAACUUCUUCCUAAACCAAGAAUGUAAAUUUGGUCAAGUCUGCUCUUUUGUUCACUCAAUUCUUUGAAACUUUUGAGUCAAUACUGUGUAGCCUAAAUAACAUUUCUCCUUUUGGCAGUGACUAGAUUCCACGAAUGUGUCUUAAUCUAUUCCUCCAGCUGGCAGUUAAUGACUUUUUUUUUUUUGAAGCCCUUGGAAUUGUCCUGCAGGAGACAUUCUGUUUGUACCCUUGGAGUAAGAAGGUAGUAGCAUGGUGGAGUGUGUGUGCUUUCUCCAAAUCGAUUACAAUGGUCAUUAAACAUACCUGUUAGUAAAGAUGGUGGUAGUUCUUUUCUUAGCGAAGUGACCCAUGGCUGGUUCAGAAAGAUGUACUUGAACGUUUCUGUAAAUCUUGAGAUAAACUGUUUGGAGAUUUAGCCACCUCUCUGACGGGACCAACUCUAUGGAAAUUGUAAAUAAGUUUUAUUUAUAAACCUGGCACUGUAUUCAAUAAACAUUUCUUCAGCCUUUCA